AUGACCACCGCCUCGACAACUUCCCUGCGCAACAUCGCCCUCUUCGGCGCAGGCGGCAAUAAGAUGGGCCACCACAUCCUCAACACCCUCCUCACUCCCAAAUAUGCCUCCAACUUCACCGUCACGGUCAUCGCCCGCGAGUCUUCGAAGACAGCAUUCCCAUCAAGCGUCACUGUCCUUCACGUUCCUGACUCACUGCCCCACGAUGACCUCGUCCGCGCCCUCAGGAAACAGGAUGUGCUCAUCUCAACCAUCGGCUACCCCGCUAAACUCUCCGAGUUCACCCUCAUCGAUGCCGCGAUCGAGGCCGGUGUCAAGCGCUUCAUCCCUUCCGAAUACGGCCUCGACAACUCCAACCCAGCCGCCCAACAGCUCUCCACCGUCUUCGCCCUCAAAGGCCGCGUCCAGCGGUACCUCCAAUCCAAGGAAUCCACGGGCUUGACAUGGACAGCAAUCCCGACGGGGAUGUGGCUCGAAUGGGCCCUCACACCCGCCAUCUCCUUCCUAGGCAUCAACAUUGCGAAGCAUUCGGCGGAGUAUGUCGGUGACGGCACCCACAAGCUCUCCUUCUCGACCCUCCCCUACGCAGCCGAAGGCGUAGCGCAGAUUCUCCUGCACCCAUCCCAAACUGCGAACAAGACCGUCCCCGUCCGCGCGUUCGAAGCGAGUCUCGUCGACAUCGUUGCCCAUCUGGAGAAGGAACAGCAAGUGAAGUACACCGUCACGAACAUCGACUCUGAGAAGUUCAUCGCAGAGAAUCAAGCAAGCGUAAAAGCCGAAGAAGCCACAGCCUCAGACGGGAUCGCAAGAGGUGCGGCGAUCUACGCGCUAAUCAGGGCGGGCUUCGUGCUACAGGGCUACGGCAGUAAUCUUGUGACAGAGACCAAGGCUAAGGUCUCGAGUCAGGACUUUGAGAUGCCGGAGUUGAAGAUCGAGGACGUGGUCAGGAAGGCUGUGGCAAGUGCGGCGCAGUGA